AUGGCGAUUGGAGACUCACAGGUUUCUAUGGCUAUCCGGAAAGAAACCGCAGGCGGGAGUCUUGGAACCUCUUACGUCGCUUGCGGCAUAUCGGAUAUUCCUCUUUCCGGUUAUCAGUUCACCUGGUCUAGAGGUAUGGGAACUGCUCAUUUUGUUGAAGAGCGUCUUGCUAGGGCCAUGGCGAACAAUGAUUGGAAAGCUCUCUUCCCCGAGACAACUCUCAUUCCACUCACGGUAACCAUGUCCGAUCAUAUGCCUAUCCUACUUAAGUGCAAAAAUGUGGCUUUGGCCUCCGUCACUCGUCGAUUUCGAUUCGAAAAUAAAUGGUGCCUUGAAUCGGAUUUACAGAAUGUUGUUAAAAAUUGCUGGACUAAUCUUCAAGGCAUUAGUGUGACAAAUCGGCUCAUGGCAGUGUCGGAGUCUCUUACUGUUUGGUCAUCUCAUCUCCGAAGUCAAGAAAGGCGGACUAAAGCCUAG